AUGUCGUCGUCGUUGUUGUUCUACGGCGAUGAACAGGCUUUCCCGGUGGACGACGAAGCGUAUAUCAUCAACGGAAUGCACGAUAAGCUGAGCUUCCGAGCUUUGCUAAGCUUGUGCCUCAACCACGACGAACAGACCGGUCUAUCACAUUUACUGCCUCCUCAGCUCAUCAGUACUGCUGCUACUUCCAACUUCAACUCCUUGCCGUAUGAUGUUUAUCCUCCGAUGCCGGAGAAUGUGGCAUUCGGAUCCUUUUCUGCUUUUCCUCCGACUUUGAUUCGGAGUCUCCAAUGCGGAGAUUUGGAGCUCAAGUUUUCGAAAAUGCCGAGGCAGGAUUUCAGUACUCAUCACUUCGGAUCCUAUGGCUAUGGCGGCUAUGGAUAUAACAACAGCGCUGCGGUUUCCACGGAGCCGUCUAACUGCUUCGCUGACGACGGCGUCUCCUGCGACUACGGCUUCCGUCACUUGCCGGAUCUCCGCUCGCUAGAAAAACAACAACCGCUUCCUUUGAAUACCGAGGAGUUCGGUUUCCGACCUCCACGCAACAUCGGCGGCUACAUUCUCGACAAAGCGACCGGAAACUACCAGCCUCCAGCUACUCGUCGUCAUCCGCACAGAGAACCACGGAAGGCGGCGGCGAAGACGGAGAGUAGAUCCUGCAAACUAGCCCGAGAGAGGCGACAGAAGCAGUGCGAGAAGAUUCGGUAUUUACAGAAGCUAAUGCCGUGGGAGACGAAGAUGGACACGACGAAGAUGCUGGAGGAGGCGCACAAGUACGUCAAAUUCCUCCAGGCGCAGGUUAGAGUCCUCCAGACCAUGCCGGUUCGAGGCGCUCUCCCCUCUCCAAACACUACCCCCGCCCUGCACGGCACACUCGCGAAGCUCUCCCGGCAACAGCUGCUGGAGGCUCUGGUGAACUCGCCGGCGGCUCAGACGUUCCUUUACUCCAGAGGCUGUUGCGUAUACUCCGUCGAACAGUUGGCUCUGCUCGGAAAAGUAGUCGACAGAAAAGCUCUGUUUGAGCAGAUGCUCAUCGCCUCUGCAUCCAUGUUACGCUCCUAAAUCCUAAUUAAGGUGCUCAAAUUACUAAUUUCUCCCCUCAUUAUCUUAUUACUAUUAUUUAGGGGCACUUAUAAUUAUUAUAUUGUUAUAUUACUUAUUACAGAAUCAUUG